GCUGAUGGAAAAGUAUACAAGAGUAGAUUGUUAAAGCUGUGAAGGCCCUCAAAGGACCAAGGGUCAAAAUCAAAAAAAUUGAAUCCUUUGCAAAAUAAUGGGAAUUACUACACUCAAGGAUGAGGAACUUGAGGAACUAAUGACCCAACUGUCAGCGGAUGGUGAUAGUACUGUUGGUCUGAAUGAUUUAAUGGGUGCUAUCGGUUACACCAAGGAAAAUGGGAAGAUUAAAGUUCAUUCAAUAACGGAGGGCCCGAAGAAGUUUAAAUCAAAAGGAAUGGUGCCUGUACAAAAGUUGAUGAAAAUCACAAAUGAUACAAAACACAGAGUUACUGGCCACAUGGCAGUUUCUGACAUUAAAGCAAAACUUAAGCUGAAUCCUUUAACAAAAGUACCCAACUUCCAUGGCAAGAGGUACAAAAAUUUACCAGGGCCUCUGCCAUGCCAGUUACAGCACAAAGAAGGGAAAUUGAGCCUUUCACAAAUGCGAGCUUUCCAAGAUGCCUACAACUUCUUUAACAAGGAUAAAACUGGCUGUAUUGAUUUACAUGGAAUGAUGUGCACUUUAGCUAAGUUAGGAAUGAAUCUAACCAAGCGCGAUGUCUAUAGUGAAUUAAGAUGUGCUGAUAUUGAUCGAGAUGGGAAGGUGAAUUUCUCAGACUUUAUAAACGUGCUAACAGAUAAGAACCGCUUCCUUAAGGCUGUGGUUCCAGAAAAGGAGACUUGUUUAGCUGGCAACCCCGGGAUCUUAUUGUUUGAAAUCCUAUCAAAGCUUGUAGAGACUACAGCCUUACCCAGAAGGGCUAUAAUGGAAAUAGUAAGCUAUUUCCGAAGAAAAUUCCAAGAAACCACCUCAGGAAUGGUGUGGAGCCCCUACACUCUGGGUUAUGGAAAAGGGAGAUUUAGCCCAGACAUAUGCACACCUCCAAGCUCAAGCACAGCUGCCUUUGCUCACGCUGCCCGGAUUGCAAUAACGGAAGAAAAAGAUUUAUUUAAAUUUCUUGAAGAUCUCAAGAGAUGCAACCCUCCUUCAGAUAGCCCAUAUUCAAAAAUACCCAUCUUUCCACUGUUUCCUAAUGUGGAUGGGGUAGUGAUGGGAAAGCCAUUCAAAGACGUACAGAAAUUAGAAAUGCUAAGGAAAAAGGAGCCUCUGAAUUUCUUUGAGGACUAUUUUUUCCAUAAAAAAGACUGGAAAACACAGGCAGCAGAUAUAAAGCCUGUCGACCCUAACUCAGGCUACCCAACUGACAUCCUUGCCAUUGACCAAAUGCUCAAGAAAAAGCAGAACUUGACAGUGUCUGAUGCAGCUGCUGUUAAACAGCAGGUAAAGAGGGCUACGGAUAACUAUAACUUGGGAAUUGCCCUUGAGCACCGGAAACAAAUGCUAAACCUCUGGCGAAAGAUCCGAGGGGAUUUGAUUGGAAUAGACAGUAAAAACGAGUCCUUUUAUGACACCUUUUCUACUUAUACAUGGUCCUGGAAUGUCUGCCAAGAAUUACUUUCCCCAAAAGACUUAAGGUUACAUGAUGCCUACGUGAAUAGAAAUUCCUUCCACAAUUCUGUAUUCCCUUCCUCUUCGGAUAUCAGUGAAUGUGAUACAGACACAGGAAGAAAAAGAAAACGGAAAAGUGGCAAAGGUUUUCGACAAUGAAAUUUCUACAUUUUCUAAACAGCUCAUUGCAAACUACUUUUUCAUAAAUAUCAGAAUUAUUCCUGCUUUUGUCUAGUACAUUCUUAGCAGCUGGAAAUGUUGACAUCUUUUGAAUUCUGACCAGUAAAAAAAGUUU